AAGAGAAAUAUAAAUUGGGAAGUCCACAAUCAUUUCACUAUCUAAAUCAGUCUGAUUGUUAUGAAUUGGAUGGCGUUGAUGAUUCUCUUGAAUAUCUUGCUACAAUAAGGGCAAUGGAUAUAGUUGGAAUCAGUGAAUGCGAACAGGAAGCAAUAUUCAGAGUGGUAGCUGCUAUUCUUCAUAUAGGGAAUAUUGAUUUUGCAAAAGGAGAGGAAAUAGAUUCUUCAGUCAUUAAGGAUGGCAAAUCAAGGUUUCAUCUUAAGACAGCUUCUGAACUACUGAUGUGUGAUACCCAGGGACUGGAAAAUGCACUUAUUAGGCGUGUGAUGGUGACACCAGAAGAAAUUAUCACAAGAACUCUAGAUCCUGCUUCUGCAAUUGUCAGCAGGGAUGGUCUUGCAAAGACUUUAUAUUCUCGUCUUUUUGAUUGGUUAGUGGAAAAGAUCAAUGUAUCAAUUGGACAAGAUCCAAAUUCAAAGUCACUGAUUGGAGUUCUUGAUAUUUAUGGUUUUGAGAGUUUUAAGUGCAACAGUUUUGAGCAAUUUUGUAUCAAUUUUACCAAUGAAAAGUUGCAACAGCAUUUCAACCAGGUUAGUUUUUUCUGCCUUAACAUUUUACUUGAACAUCUAUCUCAAU